AUGAUACUUAGUUUGGGAAAACUACGCUAUGAAGAAAAGCCGGGUAUCGACAGUUUCCAUUACGAAGACAAAUUUGUGAUUUGGUCUCACCAAAAACUAAAGGAGUAUUGCAGCGAUAAACCGGUGCUAAGCUCUCGUCUGUUCCGUCGUGACAAAUCAUCAGAGCAAGAAUGCAUGCUCCACGAAAUAGAGCAAAACUACUUCAGCCUUGCUCUGCAUGCUUGCAAAUGGAUGAAGUUAUUUCAAGAACGUAAAGUGCGCUCGGCGGCAACCAUUUCCUUACACCAACAAACUAGUGUAAGAUCCUCUAUUGUUGAAUCAUGUCUGGGCUUGUGCUAUUGCCUAUUGGCUGUAUGUAAAGUUCAUGUCUUGGGAAGUAUGAUAGUCUUAGCUAGACUCGAGGCUAAUCCAGCCUCCUCUUCUUCAGUGGCUCUUCUUGCACUCCCUUCCCUUAACCCUAUCCAACAGCCACAAAUAGUUCCUACUCAUACAGAUUCCUGCUACGAUGAUGCUUGUUACAGUACAGACGAAAACUUAGCACAGUUUGAUCAGAGCCGUAAGAUUCUUCGAAACCCAGUUCUUCUACUUGUGGUUACCCGCUGCAUCUCGAGUGGUUUAAUAGUCAACUUGGCUAUGAUGCCUAAUUUCUGUGACGGUUCUGAUUAUUCGCUCCAUAGUUCCGCGACCACUAGGCCUACACAGUCGUUGCUUCUUCUAGCUGACUACACUCGAAGAGAACGCAUAUGCAUGAGUUCCAUCGUCACCAUCUAUUUUUCUUCGUCCUUGAUCCAGGCGCUUUCUUUUUGCUUCAUUAAUGUCAAUAGCCUGUAUCCAUGGUCGGUAGACGAGUUUAGAGUGCUUUUUUUUCGUGGUCACCUGAUUAUUCCGUUUUUUAGUAGUAGCCGACUACGAACUCAGACAAAUGUCUGGAAAUGUGUUGGGAUAGGAGUACUCAGUGACGAUGCUGGCUACGAAGCCGGCGAAAUGUCUGGGAAUGUAAGAAGUCCACGACUCAACGCUGGGAAUUGUGCUAACAACUACAGCAGAGAACUUCGUACAUGGAGCGCCUAA